AUGAACAAAAAUACAGCUGGAUUUAUUAUUUUAAUAUUAUUUUCAAUUUCAUUUUUUUUAAACCAAAAAGCAUUUAAUAUCAUUAAUGGUACAACAGGUGGAGUUGGAGGAGUUGAUAGUCAUAGAUACCUAUAUGGUGAGGAUGUCACGCUUUACUAUAACCAUAUAGGACCAUUUAGAAAUACACAACAACUUUAUUCAUUCAAAUACCUCCCACUAUGUUUAACAGAUCCAAACAUAAUGCUUACUAGCAAUAAAAGGUUAUCAUUUACAAAUUCCUUUAUUGAUAAUCAAUUGGUUGAUAGUAAUAUACCAAUUUUAUUUGCAAAAUCAUUAAAUAAAACGUUAUUAUGCGUAUCUGUAAUAAAAAAUAAUGAAGAUAAAGAAAGACUAUUAGAAUCAAUUCAAAAAGAUUUUAUAUUGAAAUUAUAUAUUGAUAAUUUAGCAGCAAAAGCAAAGAUUGGUGAAAUAGUAACAACAUGUAAUUCAAUACCACCAAGAUAUAUCGAUGAAAUAAAAGAUUGUAAAAGACAAUUUAAUAUAUUCACUCAUUUAAAAAUAAUGUUAUCAUAUAAUAAAGAUAGAAUAAUAUCAGUUAAUUUAAUACCAAUGGAUCCAAUAAUGGUUGGUAGUGAUGAUAUAGCACAACAAAAUCAAAAUGAACAAGAAGAAGAAGUAGAAAAUAAAUAUUACAAUGAUGAUAAUAUAAUAUUAAAUUUUAGUUAUUCAGUUGAUUGGUUCAAAACAGAAGAAUCACCAUUGGUUAGAAAUAAAGGUGGUUAUGUACCACAUAUUUCAACUUAUACUAAAGUAGUAUCAAUUAUAAAUUCAGUUUUAUUAUUAUUAAUUUGGGUUAUUUUAGUAUUAGUAAUUUAUGGUAGUUUUCGUAGAAAUAAAUUUACUUUAUCAAAAUUACAAUACAAUAAUAACAAUAACUACCAUAAUAAUAGUAAUAAUAAUAAUAAUAAUAAUAAUAAUAAUAAUAAUAAUAAUAAUAAUAAUAAUAACAACAACAAUAAUAAUAAUUAUAAUAAUUAUAACGGAGGAGGAAUAGAUUCAUUUAGUAGUUUAAAAGAUCAAGAUGAAGAUAACGAUGACACAAGUAGUAAUAGUAGCGCAGGUAGUACAAGUAGCACAAAUAUUAUUGGUAAUAACAAGUUACAAAAAUUUUAUCAUAAUAGACAACAACCUUCUUCACCACCUCUUAGAUUUCAAAAAUAUAGAAAUAAUAGUUUAAAUAAUAGCACAAAUAAUAAUAGUAGUAGUGGUGGUAACAACAGUAAUCAUUAUAAUUAUUAUAAUAAUAAUAAUAAUAAUAAUAAUAAUAAUAAUAAUAAUAAUAAUAGUAAUAAUAAUGGUUAUGUUUAUAAUUAUAAUAAUAAUAAUAAUAAUAUAAAUAACAAUAAUAAUAAUAGUAAUAAUAAUAAUUAUUAUAAAGAAUAUUUAACAGGACAUGGUAUAAGAAUAUGUAGAAAUGAUUUAUUUAAAUCACCAAAAUAUUUAGAAUUAUUUUGUUCAUUAAUAGCAUUAGGAGUUCAAUUCUUUAUAAUAUUUGUUGUUAUCCUGUUAUUUUAUUUUUGGUAUUCAAUAGAUUUAACAAGAUAUAUAAUUUUUGAUAUUGUUGUUAAUUUAUUUCCAAUUAUCGAAAUUAUUGGUGGUUAUGUUUCAAGUUUAAUAUUUUUAACUUUUUCAAGUAUUGAUAAAAAUAAUAAUAAUAAUAAUAAUAAUAAUAAUAAUAAUAAUAAUAAUAAUAAUAAUAAUAAUAAUACAAAUAAUAAUAAUAAUUAUAAUAAUAAUACCGAUCCCGAUAGUAAUAAUCGAAAUACAUGGGUGAAAUGUAGUAUAGUAUCAAGUUUAUUUUUACCAAUAUUAACAUUAAUCGUUACGUUAAUGGCUAAAAUGAUAAUUAGCACUAGUAGUGAAUAUGAUGGGUAUAAUAGUCUAUCAGUAGUUAGUAGUGGUGCUCAGUUACCAAAAUUAUUUAUUUUUUUAUUUUUAGUUGGUUCUCCACUUUUUUAUAUAUCAUUUUUUAUAACAUAUAAAUUUAAAUAUAAUCAAUAUUUUAAUUAUUACAAUACUUUUAAUAAUAAUAGUAUUAAUAAUAGUAUUAAUAAUAAUAAUAAUAUAAAUAAUAUAAAUAGUAUUAUUAAUAAUAAUAAUAAUAAUAAUAAUAAUAAUAAUAAUAAUAAUAAUAAUAAUAAUAAUAAUAAUAAUAAUAAUAAUAAUAAUAAUAAUAAUAAUAAUAAUAAUAAUAAUAAUAAUAAUAAUAAUAGUAAUAGUAAUAGUAGUAGUAAUAGUAAUAGUAAUAAUAAUAAUAAUAAUAAUAAUAAUAAUAAUAAUAAUAAUAAUAACAACAACAAUAAUAAUAGUAUUGAUAAUAAUAAUAUUAUUAAUAAUAAUAAUAAUAUUAUUAGUAAUAUUAAUAAUAGCAAUAUUAAUAAUAAUAUUAGUAGUGAUGGUAUUAAUACUAAUGGUUAUAAAGUUAACAACAAUAAUAUUAACAAUUCCAACGAUGUCAACAAUAUUAACAGUGCCACUAAUAUCAAUAAUAUUAAUAUUAGUAAUGGUAAUAAUAAUAAUAAUAAUAGUAUUAAUAAUAAUAAUAUAGUUAGUGGUAAUAUCAUUAGCGGUAAUAAUAGCCCUUUAAUCAAUCUUAAUUGUAAUAGUAUUAGUAUAAAUAUGUGUAGUAGUAGUAAUAAUAAUAAUAAUAAUAAUAAUAAUAAUAAUAAUAAUAAUAAUAAUAAUAAUAAUAAUAAUAAUAAUAAUAAUAAUAAAAAUAAUGAUGAUGAUGAAUCAAAUUCAUUUUUAGUUUCAUUAGCAAGUUGUAUAUUAAUAGCGGCAUCAUUUAGUAAUAAUAAUUCAAGUAAGAAAUCUACGAAUAAUAAGUGGUAUUAUAAUAUUUAUUUGUUAACCUUUUUAUCUGGAGUAUUUCCAUAUUCGGUUGUUCAUAUAUUUCAAGAGGUUGUAAUGGUUAGUUUAUUCACUCAAAGUUACUCAACACUUAAUAGAUGGUUUGCACUAGAGUGGUUAUUAUUCCUAAUUUUAAUUAUCAUUUGUAAUGUUAUCGUUACCUUUAUAACCAUUGUUAUAAAUUAUAAUAAUGGUGGUAGUGGUAACAGCAAUAGCAACAGCAACAACAACAACAACAAUAGCAACAGCAACAACAACAACAACUACAACAAUGGUGGUAAUAAAGAUUUUCAAUGGCAAUGGAAUUCUUACUUUUCAUCAAUUUCAAUUUCAGUAUUUAUGUUUGCAGAGUUUUUAUUAUUUAAAUAUCAAAAAUCAGAAUUUAGUGGAUUUUAUCAAUCAUUCUAUUUCUUACUUUACUCUUUAUCAAUUUCAAGUUUUGUAGGUUUAAUGUCUUGUUCAAUUGGUUACCUAUCCUCCUUUAUUUUAUUAAUUAAUAUUUUUAAAUAUUAA